CCGGGGCAGCGAGGCGGUGCCGACAUGGCGGCCUGGGCACGGGCGGUGCGGGGGCUGUUGCUGGAUAUCAGCGGGGUGCUGUACGACAGCGGCGGGGAGGGCGGCGGGGUGCCCAUCGCCGGCUCGGCCGAGGCCGUGCGGAGAAUCAAGGCGUCCGGCCUAAAGCUGCGGUUCUGCACUAACGAAACACAAGCGACCCGAGAGAAAUUCGUGAAGAAGCUGCAGGGCCUGGGCUUUGACAUCUCUGUGGCUGAAGUCACCGCCCCAGCACCAGCAGCCUGCCGCCUUCUGAAGGAGCGUGGGCUGAGGCCACAUCUGCUCGUGCACGAUGAUCUUGUCCCUGAAUUUGCUGACAUUGAUAAAACGAACCCAAACUGUGUGGUUAUCGGAGAUGCAGCAGAAAAUUUCUCCUAUGCAAACCUUAAUGAAGCUUUCAGAGUUCUGAUUGGAUUGGAGAAGCCUGUUUUGAUCUCCCUUGGAAAAGGACGCUACUAUAAAGAAACUGAUGGUCUGAAACUUGAUGUUGGAGCAUAUAUGAAGGCAUUAGAGUAUGCCUGUGAUGUUCAAGCUGAAGUAGUGGGAAAACCAGCAAAAGCGUUCUUUGAGUCAGCCCUAGCAGAAAUGGGAGUUGCACCAGAGCAGGCCAUCAUGAUUGGAGAUGAUAUCGUGAGCGAUGUCGGAGGCGCCCAGCAGUGCGGGAUGAGGGCAGUGCAGGUGCGGACGGGGAAGUACAGAUACGUAACUCACAAGCCCAGAAAAACAGCCCUGGUGGCUGGAAUGAGUGAAAGGAGGCAGCUCAGGGGCUUUCCAGGGCUGCUCUCCUGCUCUGCACCUACUUCCACUGCAUGCACCUGAGGUCUGUCUGGGAACUGCCUGUCCAAGGGGAUCUGCAGCAUCCCAGAGGGCAGGGCCACCCCUAGCUCCUGUUGGACACCCAGCUUCCCUUUCUGGUAUCAGCCCCAAAACCACAGUCUGCAAGAUGGGACAGGAAACAGGCUCUCAUUUAUUUUUAUCUUUAGCAGCCUUUUCUCAGUGCCAAUGUAAUGUUGCAGUAGAAAAAUUCCUCAGCAGAACAGUCAUGGGAGCUGGUCGAGCACAGCAGUGUUUCUCAACACUUGUCGCUUGCAGAAUGCCAAGCUGCAUUAGCUUGUUCAACAUUUGACAGCAAUGAUGAAUACCAUACCAAUAGCUAACUACUUUAUUUCUGUAAAAAUGCUAAUAAGCGUGUUGAAAUGUGCUGCAGCAAUGGCAGAGCUGGGACAGCUGCACAAUUGUGGUUUCGUUUGAGAUUUCCUUUUUUUAAAACGCAGGUUCCUCUUCUCACUGUGGUUUUCUGUCGUAGUUAAAUGCCAUCCCAGCUCUUGGGUUGGUGGAGUUCUGCACUGGCUCUCAAACGGAGAGCAUGGCAAGAGGGGACUGCUCUGAUACAACCAAAGCACAGCAUUCAAUUCAAAGGAAGGAGCAAACAAACAAGUGAGAAGCAAGCCAAAUUAGCUGCUGAUGUAACUCGCUCGAAGCAAAUGAUUCAGUAUCUGAAAUUCAAUCUUCCUUCUGGCUGGGGCUCCUGCUCACCCAGUAAACAUGCUGAGGAGCGGCCGUGCUGGGCAGUACCUUGUGCCUGCACACAGCAACCCAGAAUUCAUGCUUCAGUGCUGCCAGCCCUGCCUGGGGGUUUCCUGGGGGCUUACCUGGUGACGUUGGUUUUCUCUUCUGAUUCUAGGUAAAUAAGAGUGAGUUUAGCCAACAAACCCAGGGUGACUGGCUUGAACCCAGCACGUUUUGUGCUCUUGAGAUGUUUGCAGGGCUGUCUGCUCCAGUACGUGGCCAUGUAGCUGUAGGUGAUCAGAGGCAGAAUGUGGGGUCUGCAGACAUGAGGCUUUGGGACUGCAAAAGACAAGAGGUGGGGGCUGCUCCCCUUCGGGCUGCCUCUGUUGUGCUUGGGCUGGUGGUUGUUUUUCAUGCCCUUUGGAAGACAUGAUGUGACUUGCCUGGAGUUAAAAAUAAAGCACCAGCACUGCCAGGUCUUCUGCACAAUUACAAUGGCUCCAUACAUGGCUGCUCAUUCCAUGUCCCAUGUCAAGAAGAAACAGAGUAAUGUGAGACAAGGAGGGGGGAGGCUGAGGAGCUGCACUCCCCUCUGCCCAUCCAGCACCAAGGAGGGCUCUGGUGGAGAUGAAGAUAGCUUGCAGCUGACGCUUGGACGUGACUCAUGCUCACACAUUGCCCUGUAACUAUUACCAUUCUUACUUCUUUGUGGUUUUCAGUCAUUGUCAACAGUGUAUAUGGUUACACCUCAGCUCUGCUCACUUAUAGGUUGCCAAAAGAUGAGUUAACGCAGCUUGCUGGGCUGCUGCUUUGAAUGGGCUUUGUGUCCUGUGCAGAAGCAGCCAGCUUUAAACCAGAGCCAUCCUCCCUCCUGAAAAAUGAGGUCCUGCUUUGCUUUGUGAAGAGCUGGGCUGGGCCUGGCUGCUGCACCUCCUGGCUGAAAAACUUAUUCAUUUUCCUUUUAAAUCCAUAGAAUUGAGUUGAAAGGGACCUUUAAACACCAUUUGAUGCAAUCCUGUUGCAGUGCACAGGGACACCCACAGCUCCAUCAGUGCUCAGAGCCCAUCCCCUGACCUUGGAUGUCUGCAGGGAUGGGGCAUCACCACCUCUCUGAGCAACCUGUGCGGUGCCUCGCCACUCUUGUGUCAGUGUAGGCUUUCAUUUCACAGCUACAGUUAUUGUUUCCAUUCCCAGUUGCAUUCUGAGUGCCACCCCAGGAAGCUGAAGAGGAGUAUGUGUCAGUUUUGCCCUUUCAGUUUCCUCUCCCUCCCAACCUGUUUCAGCAGCUGCUAGCAUACACCUGAAACAUUCACACAGCUAUGCAGCCUGCUCUCACAUGGGAAAUUUGGCUGCACAAUGUGUGCUGCUGUGGUGUUGCAGAUGGUUAUGUUCCUGCAGAAUGAAGGGAUGCUGCAAUCCGUCCUGCUUCAACAGAGCAAACACCUUGUAUGAGCUGAUCACCCUCAUUGCCUUUGCAGUGGGAUCUGGGCACUUUCAGCAUCACUUGUCCCGGUCAGGUAGAUCACACACCAUAAGCAUCAUUGCUCUGCUUUGUAAAGAUAGUUUAUGUUAAUACAGAUGCCUAUCAUGGAGGAGGUGAGCCUCCACCUGCAGCAACACAUCACUGGUACCAUGCUUCUAUGACAAAAGCAUGAUGGCUUAGAAGCUGGUUGUGGAUAAUCCAUCCUUGGAGGCAUUCAGGUCCAGAUUGGAUGGUGCCCUGAGCAGCCUGAUCUGGUGGGUGGCAACCCUGUCCAUGGCAGAGGAGCUGGAACUAGAAGAUCUAAAUGUCCCUUCCAAACCAAGACAUUCUGUGAUUCUGAGUAGGUUGUGGCUGCUGUGGCUCAGCCCUGUGUGCUACAGGGCCGUUCUUUGUCCCCUUCCCCAUCCCCACCAUCUCAGGAUGCUGCCAGCUUCCAGCUCACAUCUGAGGAGCUGUGUUUUUCCCAGUGUGCAUUUCCAGAGGAAAUGCAGCCAGAAGAUUACAAAGACCCAGAUAGAAUUCAACCCUUUGUUCUGCUUUUACAAUUGCAGUUUAUCAAGGGUGGGAGCUGGAAGUAUUCUGCACCUCUGUCCAGACUGACUGAGCACUGUGGAGCAGAGCAGCUGCAGCCACACUUCAGAAGAGGUUCCUGGGCUGCAGAGCCCCUUAACCUGCUACAAAUGGAGCUUUGUUUGAACUCCGACAAGCAUUUGCAGUUGAAUAACACGAACCAUUCAGCUACACUAUUGGCUGCCUGGCACUGAAAUCAGGCCUAAAAAUAGGGGAAUGUCUGACCCUGAAGUGAAUAAUUUUCACUCUGAACCCAGCCUGGCACCCACCCAGGGUGACAUCAUCUGGAGGAGAAGCUGGAAAAGCUUUCAAAGUGCUGCUUUCCACGAGGGAACUCUAAAUGUUGAUGCAACUGAUAAUCAGGCAGCAAAUUUGAUGUGACUGUGACUCAAAGGAAGGAGGCAAUGGGAAGGAAAGGGAUGAAGACAGAGGGAGAGGAUUGAGACUGCAUGUCAGAGAAGUAUUUGGGGAGCUUCAUGUGUGGGUAUCUCAAGGGAAGAUGAGAGGAGUACAAACAAGGUUGUUCUCUGGACCAUUAACAGAAUCCCAGCAUGGCUGAGGUUGUCAGGGACCUCUGGGUCCAUCUGGUCCAACCCUGCUCGUGUAGCAGUCUGAGGACCAUUCCAAGUAAAAGAGGUCCAUCCCUAUCCACAGUGAUUCCCACUGCCUGUGGAAGCACUUCUCUUAGCACAGGGAUGUCUGAGGUAGCCAGGCAUUGAGUGACCUCCCCUGGUGUCAGAACUGUGAUAUUCACAAGCAGCUUCAUCCAGGCUAACUUCUUGGGAUUGUAGCAAAAUCUGUGGUGCAGCAGCAUCAGCGACCUCACUGUUGGAGUUCUAAAUCCUAAUUGCCUGAAGCAAGCUCCUCAGAUUUAUGUGCUAAGUUUCUAGGUCUUCUUUAAAAAUGAUAAUGCAUAAAAGAUGCAGUAGGCGGCUUUCCUCUGAAAGUCCCCAUCCUUUUCAGUCUGGAUGCUGCCAGGUGUUGUUGUCCACACUGGAAUUUGUAGCUUUUUUCACAUGGUGAGAGUUAAAUGUGCUGUUUAUGUUGGGUGUCUCCAUUAUCUGUUUGCCUUCUGCCUUUUAAAUUCUCAUUACAUAUUUAUAAUGCUGUUAUGGCAAAGAUGCCUGGAGCACCACUAUGGGCGGUGUUUGGUCUCAGAGUCCCAAAUGAUGCUGAAAGAACUGCUGUUGCUUUGUAAACACUGUAUCAAAAGCUGGUUUCCUGACUACUGCUUGGCACUUCUAACCAACAGUGAUAAAGAGGGGGAAAAAAAUACCAUACAAACCUAUAGUUCUAGUAAUAAACCAAUGUAUUUGGCUAGAGACUGAGAGAAGCAUUCAGGUAUGCAUGCCCUUCUCUGGGUGUUCACUCGUAGAUCAUCACAGCAGUGAAACUCUAUUGGAGAUGGGCAAACCCUCUGCUGGUUUGUGGACAUCUGCCAUAGCAGUGCAUGCAAACAAGCUGCUCUUCACUCCAUCAGCCUCUGGUUGGGAUUUGUCUGACUGAGCAUUAGAAUAUUUCGGGCUGCCUGCUGGGAAGAGACCAGCCUGCAGCUGCAAAGGUGUUUUGUUGGCAUGGCCUGAGCCUGCCGGAGGCAGAUGGUGGCCCAGGCAGGGACAGGAAUUGACCUUAAUGCAAAGGUCACUGUGUGCUGCCCCUCCAGGUGAGGGCUUGGGCAGAGCUUCUGUGUUUUACACGCUUUCUGUAUUACAAUUUGAAUCCUCUUCAUCUGAGAGACCAGUCUCGAUUUGCAACUCGAUUGUACAACUUUUAGCUGCUGAUGUCUGGUACAUUUUAUUAAGAGGAACCAUGUGAAAGGCAAGGCCUUAAACCUUAACAGCUGGAGUAAAUCUGGUGUAAGACAGCAGCGAAUGCCAGUGUUGCUGUAGGUCAGCUGCUCGAUUACAGACCCGUGGCUUCAUGGGGCAUUAAUGGAGCUGACAUAAAUG